CUCAGAGGCCUCAUUUGCGUGCGGCCUCUAUAAGUAGCCGGUCGUGCCGCGCGCUCCGUCCUGGUCGGUCACUCUUGCGCUCCGGCUCGUGGGUCCUAGGUGUCCGUCGCUGUUGCCGCCAUGCCUGAGCCCGCCAAGUCUGCCCCCGCGCCCAAGAAGGGCUCGAAGAAGGCGGUGACGAAGGCGCAGAAGAAGGACGGCAAGAAGCGCAAGCGCAGCCGCAAGGAGAGCUACUCGGUGUACGUGUACAAGGUGCUGAAGCAGGUGCACCCCGACACGGGCAUCUCGUCCAAGGCCAUGGGCAUCAUGAACUCGUUCGUGAACGACAUCUUCGAGCGCAUCGCGGGCGAGGCGUCGCGCCUGGCGCACUACAACAAGCGCUCGACCAUCACGUCGCGGGAGAUCCAGACGGCCGUGCGCCUGCUGCUGCCCGGGGAGCUGGCCAAGCACGCCGUGUCCGAGGGCACCAAGGCCGUCACCAAGUACACCAGCUCCAAGUAGACGUUUUGCUGCCGACGCCGCCGCACCGCUUCCUUCCAAAGGCUCUUUUCAGAGCCACCCACCUUGUCACUAAAAGAGCCUUUCUGUCUUUGCAUGUUGCUAAGGAAAAGGGAUGAGUGAUAGGGCCGUGCGUCCAGCGUUUAAGACUUGUGAAAUGGAGGGUUGUCAUGUCACGUUUGUUGUAUGAACGAACUUGUCUGCGCUUCGAACUAGGCAAAGCUACUAGGUCGACUUUGAACUGCCGCCACUUUGCUACUUAUACGAUGUGUUCUACUUUGGGUUAGUCGCUUGCAGUUGUCUACAGGGGAUAAGGACGGCGACCUGUAUCCUGGGUCUAAUGGGCUUUCAUGAGGCAAUCACUUCUGGUCAUUUUGAGAUAGGAUUUCACUAGCCUAACCUGAGCUGGAAUUCACUAAUGUUAGGGUGCCCUCGGACUUUGGGCGACAUUCCUACCUCUGCUUUCCAAGUGCUGGGAUUAAAGGUGUGCGCCAUCA